AUGGUUGGCCUAGGGCCGAGUGAUCAAGGAUGUGAUUCAUUUGAUGUGUGUAUGGUGGCACGUGAAACUACACCGAGUGCGGUCGGCCGUGAGAGCACCGCACUGAAUGUCGGUAAUGACAUUUUUGGCGAUACGCCAUUUAGUGUGAACGGCCUUGAAGGCACCACGCUUAACGUCGGUAAUGGCGUUGUUGGCGAUUCGCCAUAUAGUGUGGGCGGCCGUGAGGGAACCACACCUAAUGUCAAUAAUGAUAUUGUUGGCGAUACGCCGUUUAGUGUGGACGGCCGUGAGGGCACCACGCUUAACGCCGGUAAUGGCAGUGUUGGCGAUACGCCGUAUAGUGUGGGCGGCCGUGAGGGCACCACACCUAAUGUCAGUAAUGAUACUGUUGGCGAUACGCCGUAUAGUGUGGACGGCCGUGAGGGCACCACACCUAAUGUCGGUCAAGACAAAAGCUCUCGUAUAGAGCGUCUCGAAGAGACGAUCGAGACGCCGGGUAGCUACUUUUAA